GUGAUCGUGUGUGUGGAUGGAUGGAUAGUAGCCUACCACCGGGCUGUGCCUAGGAGAGUGCGCACACACAUACACACACACACUCAGGAGGGUAGUGUGUGAGCCAGCCAGUCAGUCAGUCAGUCAGUCAGAUAGUGUGAGUGUGUAAGCCAUGUUGGAUGUGAAUGAACGGGAGGAGAGAUGCUGCUGCCGCGCCGCUCUUAACGCUCAGACCUCCAGCUCCACGGACCACAGCGGGUAGAUGCCAACUCUCCAGGCCGACGGAGAGACGGGGGAGCCUGGGGGAAGGUGUCGGGCGGUGCCAGCGGUCCUGGAACUGGCCACCUAGCCGGAACGAGGGAGAGAGAGAGAGAGAGAGAGAAAGAGAGAGAGAAGUAACGGGGAGAAGGGAAGACGCACUCGAGAGAGAGAGAAUAGGAAGUGGUGGAAGAGGGAGAAAGAAGGGAGAGACAGAGAAAGGAAGAGACUAAAUGGCUGCACCGCUACCGGGCUUCACCCCGCUCCUGCUCUCUUCUCUGGCACUCCACCUGCUUCUCCUCGGCCCUUUGUUCGCCCUCACCCCAGGGACUGGGAAUACAGGAGGGGCUUCCAACCGAUGGACCCCCGGUCUCUGUUACCGAGACGCCGGUAAAGUGAGCCAGCAGCAACAGCAGCAGCAGCGCGAGGAAGCAGGGGAGUCGCCGAAGGGCAGCUGGAAUAUACGCCCAAGCAGGUGGACCGUAGAGCGGAUACAGACCGAGGGAUGCUCUGGAGUGCAGCGUGCAGGGGGGACGCUGGGAAGAUAUCACCGGGAUGGGGCGAGGGGGACACGGAAGGAGAGACUCAAAGGAGUCGGGACGUUUUGGAGGUGUGAAAACGGCCCUCUGGCACAAUCAUCACCCCCUCCUCCUCUCAAACCAGGUAUUAGGAGCAGGUCGAGCUCUGAUGGCGUCGGCGCAGGGGAGGGAGUGGAUAGAGGAUGGAUGAGAAGGAAGGGCGUUGUUUCUCCUCCCGCUUCACCUGCUUUCACCUCCUCGCCGGUUCAGAACGGCAAACAACGGGCAGUACAAAGGACUAGAGCGGGCGCGCAACGGUGGCCGGCGUCGAGGCCACACCUCACCAAACGUGGCGCCGCCAGAGCCUUUGUGCACGCCUCUGGCCUGUGCAGGGCACCCGGAAGUAGAGAUAGGAGUAGGAGCGAGGCGUGGGAGAGGGCUCGUGAGGUGAGGAGGCUAUUUGCUACAUGGUGCUCGCUGACACCCGGGCAUCUCUACCGGCCAAACCCCAACAAACAAGCCCUCUCCCCGGCUAAAAAACCCUCACUUGGCCCAUUGCCAACCGGUUGCUCUUGUUGCAUUCAUCCUCUCUUUGGAUACAAUUCACCAAACAGUAAGGCUUCAAACUACACCUUUAAAUUUCAUCCCUGUUUCACAAAGAAUUCAAACUAUAACCAGGAUUUAAAUUUGGACUACGUUUGUCAUUUUUCAACUUAUUCCUCUCAGAACAGUCACACAGGUGAAAUUCAGCCCCAUCCAGUUUACAGGAACAGCAUUAAUAACAAGACCUGGGACACUGAUGGGUGCUCAGCUAGCAAGGACAGGGGGGCUGGUAAUUGUUCUCAUUUGGGGAGGCACAAUGAUAUUGAUCUCAGCAGCAACAGAGAGGGGGGUGAUGAUAGGUGUUUGACUGGGUGCAAUAGGUGCAGGGUGAGGGAGAGGGGGAUGAGGAGUGGGGGAGAUGAUGAGGGGGGGAAGGAAGCGUACAGAUGUAGUGCACCGUCAGUGAUUAACCCUAGUACAUGGGCGCACCUAGAUCAUUGUGGACCCCCUGUCCGUGAGAUGAAAUCAAGUUAUUACCAUGUCAGAAUUAUGGCUAAGAGGGAGGAGAGGCCUGGGAGGAGAGAGGGAAAGGAUGGUCGAGGAGGAGGGGUGAACCAAGGCAACGAAUACAUUAAUUUAUCUAAUUAUCCGGAUAAUGAUUUGGCUUGUCCGAUUCUGACGCUCCUAUGUAGGGCUCAUAAUGAGCUUCCGCAGGGGAAAUCAGCAACAGCAACCAGAGGGCAGGGCAGCCAAACCCGGGGAGAAAGCAGGGAGGUUCCCGGUGGUCGUUUUGGUUGUUUGGAUAGAAUAGAAAUGGGGGAUGGAUAUGUAGCAGAGUUUAUGGUCCCGGAGGGAGUCAUAGCUCUGAGGAACUCCCCCAUACAAUUUUCCCCCAGGAGCAUCACAGAGAUGCCCGACCAACGUUUUCUAUCCAGCAAAAACGCAUCAAUUGCAUCAAGAUAUCCUGGCCUGGUGUUCAAUAUGCACCCUCAAACACGAAAAGGUGGUUAUGCAGGAACUGGAAAGCUAUCCAAACCGAUCCAUCUAUCUGCUGAGAAAGUAAACGCAACUUCAGAGACAGAGUCUGCCAGUGACUCAGGCUUUUUUUCGCCUGCGAAGUUUCCUGUUAAAUCUCCCGGGGUUGUGUCACACACGUCUCACUCUGCAACAGCAAACAAUUCACGUCUCCUCACUCAGCCCGAUGACACCACAGAAAGCCACCUCUCGUUCUUCUCUGAAAUGAACCUGCCCACAUGGCAGGAUGACUCUGCACGUUCCCUUUACUUACCCCCUGUGAAGGAUCUGAUUUUAGCACCACGGACAGCUCCCCGGGACUCUCAGUGGGUGUUUUUGUGGAGAAAAUUAAACAGCAACAGUAAUAACAACAACGACGAGGAGGGAAGCAAGGACAUGAAUGGAUAUAGUCAUGACUCUGGUCAGACACAGCAACAAGACCUGUGGGAGACCGCACUGCGAGAGAUGGUCAAGGCAGGCUGCGCUGACAGCAUUUCCACCGACUGUUCAGCCACCGAGCAGAACGACCGUGCACAUAUGCAAUUAAAAUCCGGUAAGCAAGUGCCAUUAGAGCCCGAAGGUGUCAGACAUACAGAUAGGCGGCAGAUGGAGGCCAAGGGAGAAAGGGAGAGGGAUGCAGAGAGGGAGGGAGAGGGCUUGGAGGGGUCUGCUGCUGUUGCUGCCGCUGUUGGGGGAGGAAAAUUACAGGUGGGGGAGGGAGAUAGAGAGGUGCGGCUGAUGGGAGGGAGAGAACCAGGGGGAGAAGAGCAAGAGGAGGAGGAGUGGGAGAGGGGAAAAGGAAUAACAAAGGCAAGCCAUGCAGAGGAGAGAGAGGCAGAGGGAGGAAAGGGUCAGGAUAGGGGCAGUAGCACCACCACCAUCACACAGCCUGCUAGCGAAAGAGGGAGGAAAGAGAGCCAGGCAGAUGAAAGCCAUGUGGUUGGAGAUGGGAAUGAGAGGGGGGAAGGUGGGGAGCAGGAGAGGCACAGUACAAGGGGAGAGAGGAGCCUGGAACGACUGAUAAUAGUAGCAGAUGAUGAAAUGUCACAGGGAGAAAGGGGGAGGAAGAUUUUGGUGCCCUGGCCUCGCUCUCGACGUGCAGCCAACAAACAUCCCCAAUUUUCCCAGUAUAACUUCCAAGUGCAAGUAGCUGAGAACCAGCCACCCGCCACCUCAGUCAUCAUCAUGUCUGCCUCAGACCCAGAUGCAGGAGAUGCAGGCAGGGUGAGCUACACCAUGGCCCCGUUGAUGAACAGUCGAUCAUCUGACUACUUCCACAUCCACCCAGACACAGGUCUCAUCUCCACCACUCAGAUUCUAGACAGAGAACACAUGGAUUUGCAUUACUUCCGGGUCACUGCGACCGAUCACGCCUCCUCUCGACUCUCUGGCACCACAAUGGUGGCCAUUACAGUUUCUGACCGGAACGAUCAUUCUCCUAUAUUUGAGCAGACAGAGUACAGGGAGACGAUUAGGGAGAACGUAGAGGAGGGGUAUCCCAUCUUACAGUUGAGAGCGACAGACUUAGACUCCCCAUCCAAUGCCAAUAUCCGUUACCACUUUGUCGGGGACACGGCUGCAAUGGCACGAGCAGCCUUUGAGGUUGACCCACGCUCUGGGCUCAUAACAACCCGUGGAGCGGUGGACCGGGAAAUCAACGAGCACUACACUCUACAGGUGGAGGCCAGUGACCAGGGGAAGGAACCGGGGCCCCGCUCCGCUACUGUUAAAGUUUUCAUCACCGUUCUAGAUGAAAAUGACAACGUGCCACAGUUCAGUGAAAAGCGCUAUGUCGUAGCAGUGAAGGAGGAUGUACGGCCUCACUCUGAGAUCCUCCAUGUGAGUGCCACAGACCAGGACAAGGACAGCAACGCUGCUGUUCACUAUAACAUCAUCAGUGGUAACAGCCGUGGACAGUUUUCCAUCGACAGUGUCACUGGGGAGAUCCAUGUCGUGGCACCACUAGACUAUGAAUCCGAACGGGAGUAUACGCUCCGUGUUCGUGCACAGGACAAUGGGCGGCCCCCUCUCUCCAACAACACCGGUAUUGUGAGUGUACAGGUGACGGAUGUCAAUGACAACCCACCGAUCUUUGUCUCCACCCCAUUCCAGGCGUCUGUGCUCGAGAGCGCCCCAGUUGGUAGUUCGAUCCUCCACAUUCAGGCCAUUGAUACUGAUUCGAGUGAUAAUGCUCGUCUGGAGUACAGGUUAACUGGCACCAGCUCUGACACACCAUUCAUGAUCAAUUCAGCUACAGGCUGGGUCACUGUGAGCUCCAUUCUUGACCGAGAAUCUGUGGAACACUAUUUCUUUGGCGUUGAGGCCAGGGAUUAUGGCAUGCCGCCUCUUUCUGCUACAGCCAGUGUUACAAUUACAGUGAUGGAUGUCAAUGACAACCGCCCUGAGUUCCUCCUAAAGGAGUCCUAUGCUCGCCUGAAUGAGGAUGCGUCGGUUGGUACCAGUGUAGUGACUGUCACGGCUGUGGACCGAGACGUCAACAGUGCUGUGACCUAUCAGAUAACAGGAGGAAACACCAGAAACCGUUUUGCCAUCAGCACGGCAGGAGGGUCCGGACUUCUCUCGUUAGCUCUCCCAUUGGACUACAAACAGGAGCGCCGUUACGUUCUGACAGUCACCGCCUCAGACCGCACACUCCAUGACACCUGUCAGGUGCACAUCAACAUCACAGAUGCCAACACUCAUCGGCCUGUUUUCCAGAGCGCCCACUACUCUAUUAGCGUGAAUGAGGACCGACCACCUGGAAGCACUGUCGUUGUCAUCAGUGCCACAGAUGAUGAUGUUGGUGAAAAUGCUCGAAUCACAUACUUCCUCGAGGACAAUAUCCCACAAUUCCGCAUUGACACUGCCACAGGGGCUAUAACGCUCCAGGCAGAGCUCGACUAUGAGGACCAGAUGACCUACACUUUGGCUAUAACAGCUAAAGACAACGGCAUACCACAGAAAGCAGACACUACAUAUGUUGAGGUGAAUGUGAAUGAUGUGAAUGACAAUGCGCCUCAGUUCGUCAGCCCUAGAUAUCAGGGGACAGUGAGCGAAGACGCCCCUCCCUUCACCAGUGUCCUCCAAAUCUCAGCCACUGACCGUGACGCACACGCUAAUGGCCGUGUUCAGUACACCUUCCAAAAUGGCGAGGACGGGGAUGGAGACUUUACCAUUGAACCUACAUCUGGCAUCGUACGAACUGUUCGCCGCUUGGACCGUGAGAGCGUGCCAUUCUAUGAGCUGACGGCCUAUGCCGUAGAUCGAGGCGUGCCCCCUCAGCGAACCCCCGUCCACAUACAGGUGACAGUCCUCGAUGUCAACGACAAUGCCCCUGUCUUCCCUGCUGAUGACUUUGAGGUUCUAGUGAAGGAAAACAGCGCAGUGGGCUCCGUAGUAGCCCAGAUCACAGCCACCGACCCGGAUGAAGGUGUCAACGCUCAGAUCAUGUACCAAAUCGUGGAGGGCAACAUCCCUGAGAUCUUACAGAUGGACAUCUUUUCAGGGGAGCUCACUUCACUCAUUGAUCUUGACUAUGAGGCCAAUAAUGAGUAUGUCAUCGUAGUCCAAGCCACCUCAGCACCUCUAGUCAGCCGGGCAACUAUCCGCAUCCGACUGGUGGACCAGAACGACAACCGGCCCACUCUGCAGGACUUCCAAAUCAUUUUCAACAACUUCGUAUCCAAUCGGUCCAACAGUUUCCCCAGCGGCGUAAUUGGGAGAGUACCCGCCCACGACCCUGAUGUGUCAGACAGGCUGUACUACACCAUCGACCGAGGGAACGAGCUUCACCUACUCCUGCUGAAUCACACCAGCGGAGAGAUCCGACUGAGCCGAAAACUGGAUAACAACCGGCCGCUGGUGGCUCCCAUGCUGAUCACUGUCACAGAUGGUGUCCACAGCAUUUCAGCCCAGUGCAUUCUCCGCGUCCUCAUCAUUACCGAGGACAUGCUGGGCAGCAGCGUCACUGUCCGCCUCCAGAACAUGUCCCAGGAGCACUUCCUGUCACCGCUGCUGGGUAACUUCCUGGAGGGCGUGUCAGCGGUGCUCUCCGUGCCUGUCGAGGACGUUUUCAUCUUCAACAUCCAGCCGGACCUGGACGCGGCGCCAGGAGGGAUCCUGAAUGUCAGCUUCACUGCUGCGUUGCCUGGCGGACUCUUCUUCCCUUCUGAGACGCUGGAGGAACAGCUGUACCUGAACAGGCCGAGGCUGACGUCACUCACACAGAUGGAGGUCCUCCCGUUCGACGACAACGUGUGUCUGCGUGAGCCGUGCCAGAACUACAUGAAGUGCAUCUCAGUGCUGCGCUUCAACAGCUCCGCCCCCUUCAUCUCCUCGCCCUCCAUCCUGUUCCGUCCCAUCCACCCCAUCGCAGGCCUGCGCUGCCGCUGCCCAGUGGGCUUCACGGGUGAUUACUGCGAGACGGAGAUCAACCUGUGUUACUCCAACCCCUGCCUGAACGGAGGGGUGUGCGCCCGCAGAGAGGGAGGGUACACCUGCAUCUGCCGUGAAGACUACACUGGUGACCGGUGUGAGUUUGACCGGCGGCAGGGCAGGUGCGUGCCGGGUUUGUGCCGAAACGGAGGGACGUGUCGGGAGCUUUCAGGCGGUGGAUUCCGCUGCGAGUGUCCCGCAGGAGGCUACGAGCGUCCAUACUGCACAGUCACUGCCCGGUCCUUCCCGCCAAAGUCCUUCGCCAUGUUCCGGGGCCUCAGACAGAGAUUUCACCUGUCCAUCUCGUUAACUUUUGCCACCCUGGAGAACAGUGGUCUUCUCUUCUAUAACGGACGCUUCAAUGAGAAACACGACUUCAUGGCCUUGGAGAUCCAAGAAGGACAAGUGGUGCUCAAAUAUUCCACAGGUGAAUCGUCCACUCAGGUGAGUCCCUUCCUGCCUGGCGGUGUGAGCGAUGGCAACUGGCAUACUGUUCACAUACACUACUACAACAAGCCAGCUACACGCUAUCCCAAGCGCAGCAUGAGUGGCGAGGCCCAGGGUCCGUCAGAUGAGAAGAUCGCUGUUGUGAGCAUUGACGACUGUGACACGGCGUUGUCGCUUCGCUUUGGUACACAGCUCGGAAAUUACAGCUGUGCAGCGCAGGGCAAACAGACCAGCAGCAAGAAGUCUCUGGACCUGACUGGUCCAUUGUUUCUGGGCGGAGUUCCCAACGUACCAGACAACUUCCCAUUUGGCGCCAGGGAGUUUAUCGGCUGUAUGAAGGAGCUGCACAUUGACAACAAGCCGCUGGACUUGGCGGGAUUUAUCGCUAACAAUGGCACUCUCCCCGGCUGCAGCGCCAAGCUUCCCUUCUGUAAGUCCAACCCCUGUCAGAACGGAGGAACCUGCAGGGUGAGCUGGGAGACUUUCUCCUGCGACUGUCCCCUCGGGUACGGAGGGAAGGACUGCAGCCACGUGAUGCCACACCCCCAUCGCUUUCUGGGUAACAGCGCUCUCUGGUGGGACCUGAAGAACGACGUGACCAUCUCGACGCCCUGGUACCUCGGCCUGGUGUUCAGGACCAGAGCGCGAGAGGGGACGCUGCUGCAGGCUCAGGCGGGCCAGUACACCAGUCUGCUAUUCCAGGUGAUAAAUGGUCAGUUGGUGUUCUCGGUGACCCGUGGUUCGACCAGACCGGUGCGUUUGCGGUUGGAUCAGGUUCAGGUUGCAGAUGGCCAGUGGCACGAUCUCCAACUGGAGCUGCGAGACGUCCGCAGCGGCCGUGAGACGCGCUACGUCGCGACGCUACGGCUCGACUUUGGACUCUAUCAGGGAACAGUGAUAGUGGGAAAUGAGAUUCAUGGUUUGAAGGUGAAACAUCUGCAUGUGGGAGGAGUGUUGGGCUCAGGAGAGGUUCAAAACGGGAUAAAAGGAUGCAUACAGGGCGUUCGGUUGGGUGUGCGGCCUGACUCCCCUCCCCUGCCUCGGCCCUCAAGAUCUGUCAAAGUGGAGACCGGCUGUAACGUUGGCAACCCCUGUGUCUCGUCUCCUUGCCCCUCCCACAGCCGCUGUUCCGACCAAUGGGAGCGGCACACCUGUGUCUGCGAACCUGGUUACUAUGGGAGAGGCUGCACUGACGCUUGCCAUCUGAAUCCAUGUGAAAAUGAGGCGCAGUGCCACAGGAAGCCCAGCUCAUCCCACGGAUACAGCUGUGACUGUGGAGACAACAACUACGGGCAGUACUGCCAACACAGGAUUGAUCACCAGUGUCCCAGGGGAUGGUGGGGAUCUCCGACCUGUGGACCGUGUCACUGUGACACCAAUAAAGGCUUCGACCCAGACUGUAACAAGACCAGCGGACACUGUCACUGCAAGGAGUUUCACUACCAUCUGCGGGGCUCUGACACCUGCCUGCCAUGUGACUGCUACCCGGUGGGUUCCUUCUCGCGGUCGUGUGACCCAGAGACAGGCCAGUGCCAGUGCCGGCCCGGCGUGAUUGGUCGCCAGUGCAACAUAUGUGACAGCCCCUUCGCUGAGGUCACAAACUCAGGCUGUGAUGUCAUUUAUGAUGGAUGUCCCAAGACCAUCACUCAGGGGAUCUGGUGGCCUCGGACCAAGUUCAACCUUCCUGCAGCAGUGCCCUGUCCCAAAGGCUCUGUCGGUGCCGCCAUCAGACACUGUGAUGCGGAGAGAGGGUGGCUGGAGCCAGACCUUUACAACUGCACCUCACCUCCAUUUGUGGAGCUCAAUGCUGCUCUUGAUUCUCUGGAGCGUAAUGAGACCGAACUGAACACCAUCAUGGAGAAGAAACUUGCCCACCAGCUCCGUGACGUCACAGAGGCAACCGACCGACUCUACGGCAACGACUUGCAGAUCGCCGAGCGGCUGCUGUCCCGCCUCCUGACCUUCGAGAACCAACAGAGCGGCUUCGGACUCACCGCUACUCAGGAUGCACAUUUCAAUGAGAACAUUGUGCGGGGCUGCAGUGUGCUGUUGGGCCCCGGUACCUCUGGGCUCUGGCGGGCUCUCGCUCAGAGUCAGAACCACAUCCCGGGCGGCGGUCCGGCCGAGCUGACGGAGCUGCUGGAGCAGUACGCCCAGAUUCUGGCCCAGAACAUGAAGCACACCUACCUCAACCCUGUGGCGCUGGUUGCUCCAAACAUAAUCAUGAACCUCGACCGCGUGGAGAACCAAACCCACGUGCGGCGGCGUUUCCCACGUUACCACACCACCCUGUUUCGCGGCCAGGCUUUGUGGGACCCCAACACCCAUGUGAUACUCCCCCCUGCUGCCCUGGUGCCACAACGACAGCAACAACAACACAACUGGAAAGAGAAGGAGCGGACAGAGAAAGAGCCCUUGGCCCCUCAGAACGCUGCUGUGGCCCCUGUCAGUAUCUCAGCCAAUCAGACAGGAGAAUACACUGCAGCCAGACGCACUGUUUCAAUGCCAGAGCAGCCCAUCACCAUCGUUAUCUUGCUGAUCUAUCGCAGUCUGGGCGGCGCCCUCCCUCCCAAGUACCACACAGACCGACGAGGAGUGAGGCUGCCCAGACACCCGGUAAUGAACUCCCCAGUAGUCAGUAUCUCUGUCUACAACAACCAGACGUUUGUGGGUGGGCACUUGGACCAGCCCAUCCUGCUUGAGUUCAAGCUCCUGGAAACAGCCAAUCGCAGCAAGCCACUGUGUGUGCAGUGGAACCACAGCAAUCAGUAUGAGAUAGGAGGCUGCUGGACAGUCAGGGACUGCAUGGUGGUGUACAGGAACACCUCCCAUGUCCGCUGUCAGUGCCAGAGACUGGGCACCUUCGGGGUGCUGAUGGACAGUUCGCACAGAGAGCAGUUGGAGGGGGAUCUGGAGUCGCUGGCCCUGGUCACAUAUUCCUCUCUGAUCGUCUCCAUGCUGGCCCUCCUGCUCACAGUCCUGGCGCUCUCCUGCCUCCGAGGCCUCAAGUCCAACACCAGGAGCAUCCAUUCAAACACAGCGGCAGCCAUGUUUUUGUCGGAGCUGGUGUUUCUGCUCGGGGUCAAUCAGACGGAGCAGCAGUUCCUGUGUACGGUUGUGGCCAUUCUCCUGCAUUACUUCUUCAUGUCCACGUUUGCCUGGAUGUUCGUGGAAGGCCUUCAUAUCUACCGCAUGCAGACUGAGCAACGCAACAUCAACUACGGCGCCAUGAGGUUCUACUACGCCAUCGGCUGGGGCGUGCCCGCCAUUAUCACAGGCCUAGCGGUGGGCCUGGACCCAGAGGGAUACGGGAACCCAGACUUUUGUUGGAUCUCCAUAUAUGACAAACUCAUAUGGAGCUUUGCUGGUCCUAUAGCCAUCGUCAUACUGAUGAAUGGAGGGAUUUUCAUGAUUGUAGCCAAGAUGUCGUGCAAUCCCUCUCAGAAGGAGACUAAGAAGCUCCCUGUCAUUGAGACUAUUCGCAAUGCCUUCCUGCUGUUGCUGGUAGCCACCUCCACCUGGUUGUGUGGUCUGAUGUCCGUGAACAACAGCAUCCUGGCUUUCUACUACAUAUUCGAUGUCCUCUGCCUCGUGCAGGGUUUGUCGGUGAUGCUGGUCUUUACUGUGUUCAACGCCGAGGUUAAGGAGGCCUGGAGCGUAGUCUGUUUGGGUAAGAAGAGCCCCGGAGAAGACCCACCAAGACCCCCACAGAACACUGCUCAGAACCCCUAUCACAAUGCAUCUCUGCUGGAGCAGAGCGGGCUGCACCGCAUCACCCUGGGAACCUCCACCGUCUCCUCUGUCAGCUCCGCCAGAGAAAAUCUUUUAGCUCGUCAGACGCUGGAACAAAACAUCGUCCACACCGGAGCGACCGACCUGGAUGUAGCCAUGUUCCACAGAGACGGAGGUGAGGAUUCGGACUCAGACUCAGACCUCUCGAUGGAGGAGGAGCACAGUCUCUCCAUCCCUUCCUCUGAGAGCGAGGACAACGUCCGACUCCGCGGGCGCAUCCAGCGGCGAUUCAAACGCUCCAAUCACAGCGAGCGUCUGCUCACAGAGCCCACCCACAACGGUACCAAAGAUCUGGAUGGCAAUGACCUUCUGUCCUACUGGCCGGCUUUGGAGGAGUGUGAGACGCACAGCCUUCAGAAGUGGGGCUCAGAGCGCCCCCUGGGGGGCGAUUACAGCAAAGACGCUGCCAACAACAACCAGCAGGACGCAGCGCUGACCAGUGGGGACGAGAACGGCCUCACCCAGCCAAACAGGCACCGCAAGGGUAUCCUGAAGAAUCGUAUCGGCUGUCCCCCGGCACUCCAGGGUCUUUCCACCAUGGGCCGCGUCCCCAGUGAGCUCAACUGGUAUCGAACCUCUACUCUGGGCCACCGGGGAGUUCCUGCAGCCUCGUAUGGUCGCAUGUACUCUGCCACGGCUGGUGCCAGUGGAGGCUCCGGCUCUCUCUCUCAACCUGCUUCCCGCUACUCCUCCAGGGAACACCUGGACUCGCUGUCCCGGAGGCAGUUGUCCAGGGAUCCACUGGGGAGGCAGACAGUUGGGGGGUCAAGGGACCGACUGGACUCCCGGGGCUCCAGGGACAACCUUGAUCUCCUGCCCAGGAGGAGAGAGCUGGGACAGGGGGCAGGGCUAGUGGGACUGGGGCUGGAUCACCAGCGAGUCUCAUCGUCCAGGGAGAACUUGACAGGAUCCAGGGACAGACUGGACAACCACCACGCAGGUAGCGUCCACGCCUCGAGGGAGGACUUGAGUGGAAAUGGGGGAGCGGGAAUUGAGGGAUACCUCAGCGGAUCGAGGUCGCAGCUGAACUCGCUGACCCGGCGGCAGGCGUCAUCCCGGGAGCACCUAGGGGGGGCGCUGAUGAGCAGCAGGUCGAGGGAGCAGCUGGAGACCAACGGGGGCGGAGCCCAGACUCAGCCGUGUCGGGAGUGGCUCCGGACUCUGCCUCCCCGCCAGCCCUCGCACCCCGACCAGCCUCCCUCCUCCUCCCCUCCUCCCCCUAUCUCCGAGGAGCCCCAGCAGGAGCACCUCCCAGCUCACGGUAGAGGACGACUGGACUCUGCACCUCCGUGUAGGUACCCCGGUCAGACUGUCCCCCAUGUCGCAGGUUCAAAUCCAAACUCUCUGGGUCGACAGCCGUCCAGUGAACACCUGGACAUUCUGUCCUCCAUCCUGGCAUCCUUCAGUUCCUCCGUCCUCACUCCUCCCACCGCCGCCUCGAACCCUGGGCCUAAUGGCUCCGCCCAUGGAACCUCCCCCUCCCCGCCCCAGUCAGCCACCUCCCACAGCAUAUCUGAAGUCUCCCCCGACUCCGAAGCCAACAGAAGUGAAGGACAGUCUUGAUGACAGCCUCCAUAUCCCUUUAUGCA